AUGCAGAAAAGUCCAAAUGCAUUCAUUAUAAUAACUUGGGAUUUCCAAAACCCUCAAUCCAAACACAUUCUUAUGCUAAAUCAGGGCUCCCACUAUUCCCCAUCUCAUCUCCUCAUAGACACAGAUUUCGGAUCAAAUAUAGACAGGCAGAGAAGAUAUCAUUAUCAGGCUAAAUGUGAAGAGAGUUCACUUAAGGUCGUGAUCGAGGUUUCCGUUGCGAACAUACCUGACGAGGAACAUCUGAUUGCUUGUCGAAUCUCGGCGUCUAGCAUUAGCGGACUGGAUCGGCUUCGAAUCGCCGUUGGCAGGUGGAUUGGUACCGUAGGGAAGGCGUUGGAAAACGCUAAUCCGCCUUGUCUUUCUCGAGGAUUUGGCGCUAAUACGCCUUCUCUUUCUCGAGGAUUUGAUGCUAAUAUGCCUUCUCUUUCUUGA